UGUCAAAAAGUUGUUCGCACUGUGCUUCGCACUGUUCGUUUCUUUGUAUAUUGGAAACAAAAGCUAACAAAAUAAUAAUUAUAUGGGUAAACAGUUCUCUUAACGUUCCGCAUAAAUCGCUAGGUAACUGAAAUAGUAUUGGACAACAUGUCUACAAUGGCAGGCUCGAGUUGGGAAGAAGUAAGAAAGCAAGCCCGCACACUGGAAAAUGACAUAGAUGUGAAGCUAGUGGCCUUCAGUAAACUGGGGGUCAGCUCUAGUUCGUCAGGGCUCAGUUCAGAGAGUGUCCCUUUGAUAAAUAGCGAGGACAUGUUUGACACCUUGUCUAUGGAGCUACAACAGUUAUUAAAUAAGCUCUCAGCAUUAAACGACAGAAUGGCAGACUUAGCACCAAGUGGCACAGCUACAUUGCAUACCAUCAAGCGACAUAGGGAGAUUCUCAUGGAUUAUCAACAAGAAUUUCAAAAGACCUCAGCUCGUGUGAGCGCGCGUCGAGAAAGGGAGGAGCUACUACGCGGAGGCAGCCCGCCGCCCGCCGCACCCGGCCUCAGCCGACGCGACCAGUACGCUAAGGAGGCCAACCACUUGCACAGUUCACACAUCCUCGUGGACGAGCAGAUCAACAUAGCAAUGGAGGCGCGCGAGCACCUCACGUCACAGCGACACACCUUCAAGCGCAUGCAGACCAGGUUCAACGACAUCACCAACAGGUUCCCGAUGCUAAACAGUCUAAUCUACCGGAUAAACGCGCGCAAACGUCGCGACUCACUCAUCCUUGGCAUCGUGGUUGCAGUCUGCACAUUCCUGCUCUUGCUGUAUGCAUUCCAUUAAGCUUUAUAUACCAAAACUUAAGAUUUCACUUUUAUAUGAAUUAGUUUGUAAUGUAUAGUACUCGUUCUUACUCCUUUUCUUAGUUACUUCGUAAGGCACUACGGAAGUUGUGAGAUUAUAGGCAGAGAGAGCUGAAAAGGUGACAGAAAUCAUCAUUAAUUAUCACCAUUGUAUCUUGCAAAUUCAACAAUAAUUAACAAUCAAAAAGUGAACAAUGGUACCCAAUUUGAAUCAAUUAUUUGACUUUGACUUUGAUCAUGACCGUCUCAGUCAAGCGGAACAGAGUACCCGUAUUCGGUUUAACGAAGCGUGUGUGUAAGCGUGUGUGCCAAAACGUGCGUAAUAACGCGCAAAAAAAUGAUUGUCUGAAACUACCUUAAAUGUAUGGUAGGCAGGUGUGGAUGUCUUUAGGGAUUUUCAGAAAGCAACCCGGGCAAAGCAGGGGUGGGGGAAGUCUAUCAAUAAAAUCUUAUUGGUAGGUAACAUAUCUGAUAUCUCCACUUCUGUGGCCAGGUACUCUCAAACAUAUUCAGUGUAAUUUUUAGUCAAUGGGUAAUAAUUGUAUAGAAUGUUAACAAAAUAUUGACUUUCUUAACAUUUAUUUGCUUUGCUGUAUUAAUCAUAGCUCCAUGUUUUACACAGUAGUUGAAAUUCGGGAUUUUGUACAACGACUAACUAUGGUAUUAACGUGGCGUGAAGGUUUGCAAUGAAAUUUCUUUGUUAUGAAAUAUUUUAACAAAAAAAUAUCUAUACUUAAAUUAGUUGUCUGUUUUUACAAUUACAUGUAUUAUGUAAACAGUUGUAAGUACAUAAUUGUAAAUAUUGUAUUAAAUUAUAAUCGUCGGAAAAUAAAUUAUUUUAUGGUAUAA